AGGGUUAAUUUGGCGACAAAUGCAUGCUCCAAUGUUCAUACCUAGCUUAUAUCAGAAUCAGACUAUGCAGAAGCAGCGUAGAACACUAGCAUGCAAGAGGGAUAACGGAAAGGGCAAUCAGAGAAAAAAAUUAUCUUGGUUUUUAUGAAAAUCAGACAUUCUUCCAGUGGAAUCCAUAUUCUACAUAUAGUCAUUUGGUCAUUUACAGGCCAGAAAUGUAUGUACACAGUUACUGGAAUUUUUGUGUAACUUUAAUUGAAAAGAAUGUUGUUUGGGCCUUCAAGGCAGCCAUAGAUCACGGUAAAGUGAUACUAUGACAGGAUAUUAAAAAGCUCCUCCUUCCUCUAACAGUCCUUCACGGAAAACCAGUUGCCGCUGACAAGAGCAAGUAAUCAUAAUGUUGCAGAACCCUGAUCAUGAAGGAGCUUGCAAAUGAGUUUUCCAAUCUUUGGUUGUUUGCUUAAAUGGAUUGCAAGAAAGCUGAAAAAUGAAC